AUGUUGGAAGGAAUUCCUGAGUUAACUCUUCACACUCCAGUCAAUGAGUUAAUUGUGCUAUGUGAAACCAUCGUUGAUUUCAAAAACCUAAAGGAUAACGAUUUUGAUUUCACUGAAACGUUGAAUGUUCAAGGAUGGAACACCUUCUUCGAGAGACUAACAUGCCCAAUUUACACUGUGUUGGUAAAACAGUUUUGGGUUCAUGCAAUAGCAGAAAGAGAAACCAUAACUUCCUAUAUCACGAAUAGGAAGAUCUUCAUCACUGAGAAGUCCAUUGCGGACCUUAUUGGACAUGAUGGCAAAGGAAAGAGGGUUCAUAGUGCAACCAUCACUGCUAAGAGUGAUGAUGAUAUUUCUCCUGUCAUAUUCAAAGAAGAAACAAAUUUCGCAAUUGAAAAGGGUCCUAGUGUUAAGGAAUUAAUAAGGAACCUGGGAGUUUGGUUCAAGAUCAUUUUGGGGUGCAUUAACCACAGGCCAAAUACAAACAGUUUUGACUACAUCAACACACGUCAGAAAGUCAAGUUAUUUCUUCUAGAAAAGGGUGUCAAUCUGGGACUUUCAUCACUUCUGUUUAAGUUCAUAAGAGAUUCUAUCAGAGAAUCCAGAACAGGUGGAUCAUCCAAGAAGGCUAGGAGCAAGUUCAUUCCCAAUGGAAGAUUGAUUUCAGAUAUUCUGGUGGAAAACGGUUUGGUGGAUGACCUUCUGGUCAGUGGCUUGAUAGAAAAAUUGGUGAAGGACGUUGGGAAAGUCUUAUGGGGGAAAAAUAUGAAGAGUAUGGGUAUCAUAUCCUUAUUUCAAAGACCAAAUGUCAUGCUAACUAAGGAUGAUAUUUGGGACAUAAGAAAUCCUCUUGAGAACUACCCUAUAUUCACUAAAAUUGACCCUCCACAGGUUCUGAUGGCUUACUUGGAAAGCUGUCUGAAGGACGAAUUUGAACCUCUGGUGGAUCCAUUUAACCUUCAGGAAACUUACCGAGAUGUUCAUGGAAAACGAAAGAAAGAGUUCAGAGGAGAAGGAUCUUCUAGGGCUCAAAAUAAAAAUAAUAUUACUAUCUUUCAAGACGAAGAUGCGGUGCCUCUAAGUGAGCACCAGAAGGCUAUGAUUCUGAAGGAUACUUCUGGGGUCGUCCAAUCUUCAAGAUUUUCUGGUAAGCUUCCUUCUGAUAGUGCUUCUUUAGAUUCUGAUUCAAUGUCUUCUAGAAUCUUACGAAUUCCUCUUCCAUCUCAAUCCACUAUUUCCGAACCAAUUCCAAUUCCACCACCAGAAUCAAAUCCAUAA